AUGGCAUCUCCAGCACGUCGCAGAUUCCCGCGGCCCCCUGUCAAACUCGCCUGUCUGGCCUGUCGCUCAUCCCGGAUCCGAUGCGAUGGCCAACCGAAUUGCGCCAAUUGUGUCUCCCGCGAUAAAGUCUGUUCGUAUCUGCCCAGUCGACGCGGAGGUCCCAGAGUCGCCCGCGAAAAGCGCAAGACUACGCCGUCGUCGUCGUCGACCACUUUGGACACGCCCGUCCGGUCCGAGAAGCCACCGGCGCUGCCGGCUCUUCCCACGGCAGACGCUUCGUGGGACCUAAGUAGCGAAGAUGACUUGUUCCACCAGUUCAUGAGCCUGGGCCAGCCCGGUGCGGGCCUGCGCACGGUCGAAAGCUCAGUGGCCGAGAUGGAACACAUCUUCGACCGGAUCUUCAGUGCUGAGACUACGGCUGCUCCCCCAGUCGAGGACGUUGUCCCCGAUCUGCUGCAGGUAUACGGGACGGACGAGGACAUACUCGACGCCUACUACAUCUUCCUCCACCUGUACUAUCCGAUUCUCCCUGCUCCGCCUCCUCUCCGUCUCCCGGUGUACAACCGACCCCUGCGCACCGAAUCCGCCUUCCGACCGUCGAGUCCCCUCGGUCUCGCCAUGUCGGCCCUCCUCGUGCUCGUCCCCCAUCCGGACGUCAAGCAGCCCGCGACCGCCGAGUACGCGAGACUCCGCCGGAAUGCCGCGCACAGCUUCGCUCAGGCUGCGCUCGAUGCUGUCGACGCGGAUCUGGAGCUUCUCGACUCCUCGUCCGAUCCGGCGCGAGCCCUGUGUGGCAGGACUGCGCCGAUCAUGCGACCGGCAUUCCAUCCGCUGGUCCCCGUGGACUUGGAGGCCAUCCUAGCCCUGGUGCUGCUGAGUGUGUAUGAGUAUGCGCAGCGCGGCAACAUCCGCAAGAUGUGCAAUCGCGCCGGACAGGCGUUGACGGCGGCGAUGAGCCUGUCGCUGCAUGAGAUGCUGGAGGAGGAUGAGUACGCCGAGGCGCGUCGGAGGACUUGGUGGAUCACGUACUUGACAGUGUGUCAAGGAUCGAUAGCCAGCGGAAUGCCCGCCGCAUUCAACGUCUACGAUCCACGCUUCGUGACGCCGUAUCCUGAAGGAUGGAAACUCCUCAUCGAAGCCCAGCAGACGAUCCUCGAGGCCACCACCUUUGUCCACGAUCUCGACCAAACCAUCAAAUCCCGGUUCAAAGCCUCCUGGAUCUCGAGUCGGAUGACGGAGCUGGACGAUCAGAUCACCGGUCUUGUGGCGCGCUGUCGCCAUCUGGCGUCGAAGCCAGUGGUGUCCAGCCUCGACUCGCCCGAGGCGAUCGCCUUGCAGACCAUCAAUGCCAUCGCCGAGAUCAAGCUCCAUAGCGCCCGCAUCAAAGUCCACCGAUUCUGCGCCUUCUCCGACAUUCCCGUCUUCCGUCAGCGCCACUGCGACCUCAAGUCCGAGUGCUGCGGCAUCCAACCCGACUCCAACAUCGCCACGCCCCCGGACGACAUCCCCCUGCCGUCCAUCAUGGUCUCGGAUCUGCCCGAGCUCGAAUUCUCCUUUUCCCCCCAUCUCUCCUCCAAGAUCUGCCUGCAGUCGGCCCUGAACAUCGUCACCCUCGUCGACAACCUCCCCUACCCAAACCCGGACCACGCCAUCCCCCUCACUCUCCCCCCGUACCUCUCCCCCCAUUCCCGGGUGGAGAUCCCCCGGAUGAUGCCGACGUUUGCCUGCUGCGUCAUGCAGGCGAGCUAUGCGAUGCUGAUGCUGUAUCUCAAGGCGCGAUCGAAACACGCCAGCAGUAGUCGGGACCCGGACGGGCCCAAGGACCAGUCCCUCGCGGGAUUCCUGAACGAGCUGCAGCAGAAUCUGCGGCUGGUGUCGAAGAUCCUGGCGAAUUACGCGAUUGCGUCGGAGGCGCUGCAGGGGAUGAAAGGUGAGUUUUUUAUCUUUCUUUUCUGCCUUGACUAA